AUGGGCCAGGUCUUAGAGCCGAACCUGGUUCCUUCGGAGGCGCUGCGGUGGCUGGUUUGCCUCACGGACGGCGACGACCUGGGCAGCAGCCGGCCGAAUCAGCGCGGUCAGCUGGUCUCACAGAUGCUGGGCAGCAGCAGUGCGCCGGCCGGUCUCAACAUGGUCAUGAUCACCGUUGGGGCCCUGAAGUCGGAGAACGUUCAGGUGAUCCAGUCUUGGGUCAAGCAGGUGACCACGCAGGGCGGCCAGGGUGUCCACCUCGGGGACAAAGAUGCCACAGGCAUUGCCAAGGCAUUCGAGGUGGUCGCCGAAUUCCUGGCGGCCGAGGUGGGUGGGGCGACUGAGUGUUGA